AUGCACUGCCUCACCUUCGAUUCUCUCGGUCAUCUCGAUGGAACCUCUACUCCGACCGACAACAACGACGCUGUCUGGCACAAGCGUGAUGCGAUCGUUAAACUCUGGCUGUAUGGAACGCUCGCUCAGACGUUAUUCAAAUCAAUGUUCAAGAAAGGAGGAACCGCACAUGAUGUGUGGAAUCGGAUUGAGAAUCAAUUCCGAAACAACAAGGAGGCUCGUGUGAUGCAAUUGGAUAGCGAACUCCGCAACAAGGAGAUCGGUGACAUGUCCAUACAUGAGUACUGUCAGAAGCUCAAAUCAGUUGCAGACCUCUUGUCUAAUCUCGAUGCUCCUGUACCAGAUAAAACUCUGGUAAUGUACAUGUUAAAUGGCUUAAAUGAGAAAUUUGACUAUGUGCUUAACGUGAUCAAGCACCAGAAGCCGUUUCCUACAUUUGAAGAUGCUAAAAAAAUGCUGGAGAUGGAGGAGACUCGAUUAAAGAAGUCUCACAAGGUCGCUGUGACACACACUGACAAUCCAUCAUCGUCAACGGCACUCAUCACCACAAACACUCAGAACCAGCAAACCAACAUUUCAAGGAACAACAACAACGACAACCGUGGAAACAGACGUGGUAAUCGAAACAAAGGCCGCUACAACAACAACAAUUACCACCAAAGACCGUUCUACAACAACUGA